AGUUGUUAUUUGAUUCUUGCCCAGUGCGGUUGUGUUUUUACAAACCGGUUCUAGUGCCAUAAUACUAUAUUUGGGGAAAUUGGAAAAUUCACUGUAAACAAACAAGUUUCAAAAUGAAAAUCGCGCUGACGGUGGAAAAUGGGCCCUGCAAUAGCGAAUUGCGGGGCUGGUGCCUGGGAAUUGCGAUCUUCUGGCUAGUGUCUACGACUUUUAGCGUGAUAGUAGCUCCAAAUGCUCUUAACUUCGUUGGAUUCGCCAUAGUUGUGGUCGCCAACAUAUGCUUACUGAUAGGAACCCUAAAGGAAAAGCCAGUACUGGUGCUCGUCUGGCUGAUAUUCGCUGUCAUCCAAGUGAUUUCCUUUCCGUUUGCCGUGUUCGGUGUUAUCUUCCACUACGGAGGAUACCGUGAAGCGACCGGAUUAAACAGCACUUUAGGGGCCCUGUUUAUCUACAUCCUCACACUUCUUGUUAUCCUCUUCAGCGCCCGACUCGUGUACUCCUUCUACCUCCAGCUGAAAAACAGCGAAGCCAGCAAGCAAACGCCACGCGCCUUGAAUGUGGUUUAGUUCUUAAUAUUCUACAUUAAUUGUUGGGGAAGCCCACCGUUCAUCUCAGUGUAUGCAAUAAAAUGCUUUGUUGUUUA